UGUCGAUGUAUCUGUCAUCGGGAGGUUGCUUCUCUCCGCGACCGCGUCAAACGCAUCAUCUACCGGCCGUAUCUUCCUCCUUUUUCCGCCCUUCCCGCUCAGUUCAAACCCAAACGUGCACUUCUUUCAUCCCUCUGAUAAGAGGAAACGAGAAGCCAAAGAUCAGAAAAAAAAAAGAUCUCUUUCCUCUUACCUGCUCUUGUCUUCAUGAUGGAGACCCUGAGAGGUUUGCGGGUUCCGCCUUCCCUCUCUGGUUUUGGUUUUUCAGACUUGUAAUAGCUGCGGCCGCGGCGGCGGAGGAGGUCGAGGGAACGAAGCGUGAGCAGGUAGGUGGGGGGAGAUGAGCGCGUCGAGCUUUGUAAAGUGCGUCACGGUGGGCGACGGGGCCGUCGGCAAGACCUGCAUGCUUAUUUCGUACACCAGCAAUACUUUCCCCACGGAUUAUAUUCCAACUGUCUUUGACAAUUUCAGUGCAAAUGUUGUGGUUGAUGGUAACACAGUUAACUUGGGCUUGUGGGAUACUGCAGGCCAGGAGGAUUACAAUAGAUUAAGACCUUUGAGCUACCGAGGUGCAGAUGUUUUUCUUCUGGCAUUCUCUCUUAUAAGUAAAGGAAGCUAUGAGAAUGUAUCUAAGAAGUGGAUUCCUGAAUUAAGACAUUAUGCACCUGGUGUGCCUAUAAUUCUUGUUGGAACAAAGCUUGAUGAUGGGAUGAGGAUCGGCUCAUUGCAGCUCGGGAUAUGCAGACCAGAUCUACGGGAUGAUGAGCAGUUUUUCAUAGAUCACCCUGGUUCGACUUCCAUUACUAACGCUCAAGGCGAGGAGCUGAGGAAGCAAAUCGGUGCUCCUUGCUACAUCGAGUGCAGUUCAAAGACCCAAGAAUUUUCAUAUAAAUUUGUGAUGUGCAGAACAUUAAGCCAGUGUUCGACGCAGCUAUUAAGGUGGCACUUCAGCCGUCGAAUCGAAAGAAAAAGAAGAAGAAAGCACAGAAGGGAUGCUUCAUCUUGUGAUCAGAUGAGUUCUCAAAUUGUUUUAAGGUUUUACUGUUUGGUGUAUAUCAAGAGCAGUUGCAACACAUGGAAGCAUAUCUGAAAAAUGAUCCUUUUUCCUUUCUUCCUUUUCUUGUGGUUUGUAGUUUUAGUGCAUGUAUCUUCGGAUGAUCUAUUGUCAUGUUGUGGAGAAAAUCUUGCUCGAAUCAGUUUUCCUUACACAAGAAUAGUAAUCUAAGCUUAAGCUUUGCUUUCUA